GGCGCACCAUGUCUCGGCUGCGCGUGGAUGUGUUAGGGGGUCUUUGACAGGCGCAGCAGCAGCGGCGGCACAGCGGGGAGAAAACGUGGACGUGAUCGGCGUCAGGGACAGUGACCGCCGCCCCCCUCCUCCGCCUCUUCUUCCUCUUCUUCUUCUUUCUCCUUUCAGUGACCCCGCGUCAAGCAGCGAGAUUUUACCAGGGAGAUGGCUGCUUUCGAUCGGGGUAUCCGCUCUAAGUCUCAUGUGUGACGGUGCCAACAGUACGCUCCUCCAUCACAAUGGUCGACGUGGAGAGCCACUACCACCCCCCGUCUCCUCUGGAGAACUCGGUGCUAGAUGACCCCUUGUGUGGUGAUGAUGAUUUUAUGGGCAGCAUGGAGGUGCUUCAGAACAUCCCCACAUCCAUUGACGAGGAUGCCCUCAGCUCUCUCGACGUCCCAGAAUACCAGUCCUCUCACAAUGGAUCUGAAGGCUCCAGUAUUCUAGAUGCUUUGACACCGGCGUCAAGCCCAUGCUCUGUUAUAUACGGGAUGGCGCCAACCCAGGAGGAGCUCUUAUCUUCCUCCUCAUCCCUCAGUCUGGAGUGUCGUGUGUGUUCUGACCGAGCCUCGGGAUACCACUACGGAGUCCACGCCUGUGAGGGCUGCAAGGGUUUCUUUCGGCGGACCAUCCGUCUGAAGCUGGAAUACGACAAGUGUGACCGCCGCUGCAAAAUCCAAAAAAAGAACCGUAACAAGUGCCAAUACUGCCGCUUCCAGAAGUGCCUGGCCGUGGGCAUGUCCCACAAUGCCAUCCGGUUCGGUAGGAUGCCCCAGUCCGAGAAGCUAAAACUGAAGGCAGAGAUGGUGACGGGGGAAAGGGAGGUGGUGAACCCCGAGCUCGCUGACCAGAAGACCCUGGCCAGGCAGAUAUACGAGGCCUACCUGAAGAACUUCAACAUGAACAAGGCCAAGGCUCGGACCAUACUCUCAGGAAAGACCAGCACCCCUCCAUUCGUGAUUCAUGACAUGGAGACGCUCCAGCUGGCAGAGCAGACGCUGGUGGCCAAGAUGGUCGGCUCGGCGGGAGCCCUCAAGGAAAGGGAGGCAGAGGUUCGGCUUUUCCACUGCUGCCAGUGCACGUCUGUGGAAACUGUCACAGAGCUCACGGAGUUCGCAAAGUCCGUGCCGGGCUUCUCGAGCCUGGACCUGAACGAUCAGGUGACUCUUCUGAAAUACGGCGUGUACGAGGCGCUCUUCGCCAUGCUGGCCUCCAGCAUGAACAAGGACGGGCUUCUCGUGGCCUACGGCUCCGGCUUCAUCACCCGGGAGUUCCUCAAGAGCCUGCGGCGGCCGUUCAGCGACAUGAUGGAGCCAAAGUUCCAGUUUGCCAUGAAGUUCAACGCACUGGAACUGGACGACAGUGACCUGGCUCUGUUUGUUGCUGCUAUCAUCUGCUGUGGAGACCGACCUGGCCUGGUGAAUGUGGCACACAUUGAGGUGAUGCAGGAGAGCAUUGUGCACGUCCUCCAGCUCCACCUGCUGGGCAAUCACCCUGACGACACUUUUCUGUUCCCCAAGCUGCUUCAGAAACUUGCUGACCUCCGGCAGCUUGUCACUGAGCACGCACAGCUGGUGCAGCAGAUCAAAAAGACAGAGGACACGUCCCUGCACCCACUCCUACAGGAGAUCUACAGAGACAUGUACUGAGGACUGCAAUAACCAGCUGAUGAACAUAAACAAACCAUUCAAGACAUGGAGUUCUCCGUACGCUUGGGUUGAAACACUCAAGCAGUGUGGCAGAAUUUGCUUUGGCUUCUAGUCUGUUUGGAAGGAUUUGUCUCUGGCCGAUGGUUACUUUGGUUUGUCAGGGUACUCACCAUUCCAUUGCUUGGACCUUCUGAGACAGAAAGAAAGAUCAGAUGUGACAUCCGUUCGUCUGAUUAAGCUACCUUGUAGAUAACUAUGUAGCAUUUCUGACCAAACUCAGCUGUUAACCUUUAGUAAGCCCUGAAAAGAAGGAACAAACAAGACCUUAAUGAUUGCCACUCCAGUUGUGUGUUUGAAAAGAGAUAAUUAUACUGAAGUGAAACAGCCAUAUAAUGUUAGCAUCAAUGAAACAACCUCAACCUGGCAGUGACAAAAGAAGCUAUGCAGGUUUAGAACAAGUGAAGCCUCUGCUAAAUUUGCAGCAUGAUCUUCUUCAUACAACCAGACACAUCUGAGGAGUCACCAAACCUGUGAACACAAUCACAAGCUAAAUUGUGAUUAGCAAUAUAGUACCUUUCUAAAGAUUAAAAUACCCCAAGGCUCUGACUUGGUUUGAAAUUGCAUCUUUUUGCACAUCCGAAGCACAAACUCAUCUAUGACAUGUUCACACUGAAUGUCUGAGCCUUUUUACGCCCUUUUUCUAACAAAACACAUGCUCAGAUGUUUGACACUCCAUUAUGUGUUGUGUCCUCAUGUUUUAUGGUCUGACUCCAACAUGAGCCGCACUAGAAUCACAACAGAGUUUGUGUUACUGACAUUAACUCAUCUACAGCUUUUUUUCAUCGGUGUUCACACAGAAAAAUACAGUGGUUUAGCCUUAUUCAAUUCAAUUCAAAAAUAUUUUAUUAAUCCCAAAGGAAAAUUAAAUGUUGUUGUAGCUCAUUAUGAGGGUACAUACUGUUUAUACAUACUGUUCAGCAAUACUUAGGUUUUUAUGCUUAAAAAUUGUUGAGUCAAAAAUAUUUCUUUAUCUUCAUGUAGCUUUUGUACAUGUACCCAGUCAGUUUAUCUGGAAGGUUAUAUUUGUUUAGAUAAUUGUUUAGAUAGAGAUGCACCAAUCAGCGAUUUGCAGCCGAUUUGCAAACCCUGCCAAUAAAGAUUGUCUCAUCGUCAACAGUUUAUUUGCACAGAAGAGAUGACAUAACAACACUUUUACUAUUAUUUUUAAAGAAAGACAAAAUAUUGACGAAGUUGAAAUUUUAACCUGCUUUUAAAAUCUCCUUUUAGCUAUUAGCAUGGUUAGCAUUAACUAUGAACAGCGGCCUUUCUGUUGAAUUCCUAUAAAAUGUAGAUCAUUACCUUAUCUCAGAUUUCCAAAAGGCUGCCAACUUUUUCCAAUCCAAUGUUCCAUAACAGAGCAACUUGGCUGUAGUACGACCAGGCUUCCCGUUAUCUGCCCAAAGUCUCACUCUCUGUCAAUGUCUGAAUGAACGAUAUGUCAUAGAAAGUUUAUUUUAACAGCUUCUCACAUGUUUAUUGUUUUCUUUGACUUUAUUUAAACUACUCACUGACACUGAAAGUAGUUGAGUUUUAGUUAUCUUACCUCAGCAACAACUUCCACAAGGAAGUGUCGUUAGCUCGUCUUGGUUGCGCUUAUGUGUGAUGUGUUUACUGUUGAGAAAAAUAAUUUCUGACCAGCCAGUUCAUGGUCAGUGGUGGCUAAGUCAAAAAUCAUCCAAUUCCAGUCAUAACCCAAUCUCUCAAUGCAUCUGUACUUUGUCCUGACAUAAAAAGCCAGCUCCUGCAUUUUGCUGUCGUCCCACUCUUUGUAUAAGAAGAACAUGCUAGCUUAGACACCUAAAGAAAGUGAAAUAUCUAUAAAGAGUAAAAUAUAUCAGUUCGGACAAGAUUUUACAUCUAGAUUUUGUUGGACAAAAAUAUUUUUUUGAAAAAAUCUUCCUUUAAAGUGCAUUUGGACUAACAACUUUGACUGAGAAACAUCCAACAAUGAGACCAGCUUCUCUUCAGUCAUAUAAGAAGAAUUCUUCCACCGCUUGGUUUAUGGAAACCAACUAUUUACAAUAAAAGUUCAACUUCAAUCCUUUUUUUUAGAACUUUUCUUUAACUUUUCAACCUAAAUGCAGCUCCGCUACAGUUUGUAACUAUUUUGGUGCUCUAAAACCACAUUAAUUGGAUUCAUCUUGUGGAAACAAGGAAUCCUUGUUUUUUCACAGUGUUUGCAGUCCUGACGUCACGUGGUGUAAAUGGGAUGUUUGUACAAAGUUAACCGCAUUAGCAUUUACCCCCACUAAAAGCUAAAUCUCCAGGUGUAAACAAGACACAUAUGGUAAUGGACUUUACAUAUCCCUAAUUUUUGCUAAAGAUUUUUACAUUUAAAAGUAAACAAGGGUGUGUACUGCUUGUUCUUGUUGCUUUAAUGUUUGUGUUUCACUUGAAUUAGAUCAUAUUUUUAUACUAAAAAAAACGAUUUUGAAAUGUAAAUAGAAUAUAGGUGUAUCAGGAUGACUGGUGAUCGCAAUAUCCCCAAAUCUGAACCCUUCUAGGGACAUUCCUUUGGUUAAAACCAUCGAAACUGUUGCUUCCAACUGUGCAUCAUUUAGCAUCUGAAUUUAAUCCUUUUGAUCUGAAUUGUGGACAGCUUUGGGCUGUGCAGAGCUGUUUGGGCUCACCUUUUGUGAUUGAUAAAAACUUGACUUCAUCAUAUCUGUGUAUAGUUUAAUGAUAAGAUAUCUUGUGAGUGUUUAGCUACUGCAUAGUACAGAUCAUACAUUCAAAUAGUGUGUCUUUUGAUACCAUCUUCUCAGGUUGCACAUCAGAAUACAAAUAGAGGUAAUAUAUGCACAGAGAUUUAUCAAUAUCAAAUGCUCCUUAGCUGCCUCGACUGCAAAAUGUGCUUUUCUUUUUAAUUAUUUUUGACAGAUUGCAUCUGUGUUUGCUAUCAGAGAAUCUAAAUGCACUCAUAUUUAACCAUGAAAUGAUAUGCUAUCAGAGUAUAGAUGAUGCAGUAAUGUAACUUUAGAACAGAUUGAUUUCUAAUCCGGUUUCUGUCUGACUUUUCUCUCCAGACUUGCUGCUAUAUUGUACUAACUCAAACAUGUGCUCUGCCAUGGAUAGAUUACCAACCUCCAAGCUGCCUCUAACUUACUUAUUUACAGUUAAAACCAGAUAUUUGCGUAAACUGUAUAAAAACUCCUAUCUUCUUUCUCUCAUUUUGUGACAUUUCAUCAGACGAAACUUUCCUGUUUUAGGUCAGUUAGGAUUAACCAAAAUUAUUACUGUUCACAAAAUACCAGAAUAAUUGGGGAAAUGUUUUUUAGUAUUAAAAUGUACAUACAUUUCCUUAGAAUUUGCUAAAAUUGCCCUUUAAACUGUAUGACUUGGGUCAAAUGUUUUUGUUAUCCUUUCACAAGCUUCUCAUGAAAGUUUGAUAGAAUAUUAGACCAUUGUUCCUGACAGAAAUGAUGUAACUAGGCCAGGUUUGUAGGUCACCUUUCUCAACCUCAUGUUUUCAGCUCUACAGGUUUCUAUGAGACUGAGGUCAGUGUUUUGUGAUGGUUACUCGAAAACAUUGACUUAAUUCUCCUUAAGUAACUUUUUUUAUUAUUAAUUUUUCAGGUAUGCUGAGAGGGUUAUUGUCCAUCUGAAAGACCCAAUUGUGCCUGGCUGAUGUCUUUAAAUUUUACUUCAGGAUCUCCACAUAAUGAUCUUUUGUCAUGAUACCAUCUAUUCUGUGAAGAGCACCAGUCCCUCCUGCAGCAAGCACCCUUACAAAAUGGUGUUGCCAACCCCAUGCUUCACAGUUGUGAUGGUGACCUUAGGCUUGCAAGCGUACCCUCUUUUCAUCGAAAUGUAACAAUGGUCUUUAUGCACUUCAAUUUUAGUUCAAUCAGAUCUCAGGAUGUGUCUCCAAAAAUUGAGAUCUCUGUCCCUGAGUGCAUCUAAAAACUAUAAUCUGUCUUCCUCUCUGAGUGACCUUUCAGCCCUUGUUGGUACAGGAUUUGUUUGACUGUGGAUAAUGACACUCUCUUACCAGCUUCAGCCAGCAUCUUCAUUAGGUCUUUUGUUUGACCUAUUGGUUGAUGUACACAUUUGGCACCCAAACACUUUAUUCGUGUACUUCCUUCGCAAUAUGAUGGCUGGACAUUCCCAUGCUUUUUAUAUUUGCAUAUAAUUAUUUAAAAAGACGAAUGUGGCAUCUACAGGCAUUUGGAGAUUCUGCCCAAAGGUGAACCAGACAUGGCGUUCAAAAUCGUUUACCUGAUAUCUUGGCUUAUUUCUUUUGAACAUUUGAUUAUGCCACACAAGGAAAAGGUGUGUUUGAGGUGUUGCCUUAAAAUAUGUCAACAGGUAGAGCUUAAUUUAAGUAUUGUAAAUUAACCUAUCAGAAGCUUGCAAAGCCACAGUGUCCUCAUCUGGGCUUUUCCUGAUUGUUUCAAGACAAAGGCAACAAUUUGAAUUUAAAGAAUGAAAUACCAUACUCCUUAAAAAUAUCUUACUCAUUCUGGCAUUUAUCAAAGGAAAUUGAAUUAGGUAUUCCUAAUUUAGGAUUACCUAAUUACUUAUUUUGCCUGAUUUAAUGUCAGACUGUUUGUAAAUAUCUGGCUUCAACUGUAUAUCUUGUCACAGAUUGCAAAGAAUUCACUGAAUGCAGCUCAGUUUUCACCUUGCAGACUCCAGAUAUGCUUGGCAACUAACCCAACAACAAUAUGUGCCUUAGUGGGUGUUCGCGCACCCGACUGGAACAUUUCAAACCAUUGGCUUGUUCAUGACUCAAUGGGAUCCCAUAGGUGGUACAUGAUGUGACUAUCAGAUUUUGGAUCAGAUAUCUGUUGUCAGUCAAGGAAAAUGAAAGAUUUGCUUAAAAGCUUUUUUAAAAGCUAAACUGAAAAUGAAUGAAACAUUACAAAAAAGCUCAAGAGGUAAAGCUGGUUUACUCUAAGGGGCGUUUUGUUUGAUGUAGAAAUGACAAGGGACUUUUUAACUUGUAUCAGGGAUUCUUAGUCUUCCUUUGUUGAACUAGCUCAGGAUAUAGAAAGGUAGUUUCUUUGUCCCUGUUUUUUCUAUUCAAGCUAAUACAAUAUGUUUAAUGUGCUCUGCCUUAGAGCACAUAAACAUAAGCAACAAUACAGAAAAAAAGUUAUACUUGCUUUUCUUUUCCAGUACUGACAGACUAUUGUCCAAGGGCAGCAGUCAUAGGAAUUAGGUUUUUUUUUUGUCUCUUCUUUUUUGACCUUUAAGUUGUUUAUUUCGGCAGUUCUAGUCUACUUCAGAGACUUAAAGUGUCUUUGGAUGUGUUGUCUGUGUGUUUUGUGGCUUGGAUAAUAAUACUGUAAAUGUUUGACUGUACUGUAUAUUUAGUCAUUUAAGCAGAAAGGCAAAUUGACAUUGAAUGGAUUUAAAAAUAAAAUGAUUUUGAAAUCCUC